GACGGUGAACCUCACAUGUGGGGUCCUCUAUCGUGUGUGCACUUGUAAAAACUUUGUGCAAAUAAAUUUAUGCAGAGUUGUAUUGAAAAUAAAAUAGGUUCUUAUAUUCGGUGGUUUCAAUGUACGGCGGGCGGCACGACUGACGCACUAAACAGUAAACCCACAGUAUUUUGGUAUUUGGGUUGAGCUCUGCCACGUCUUCUGGACCCCGGAAAGGUUCUUUUCACAUAGGGAAGAAGAGCCGUGAACAACCAGCGAUCUUUUAAGGUCAAUCACCUCAUUGUGAUUUUUGCUUUAAAUUUCCAAUCUUUAGAUAAUGAUCUCUCUUAAGCAGUCAACUUUGUCAAUCCCCGGCUCAGAAUUCCUCCGCCGAAGGUCUCCGUCGCCGAACUUUCAGUCUCCUGUUUUCCCGGUGGUCAAGUCUAGCCGGAGUUCCAUUUUUUCACUCUCAAAGCCUCUUCACAUCUCUUCGGUAGAAUCUUUCUUCCCUUGUUUAAAGAAAUCUUCGAAAAAUGGAAAAGAAAAGGACCAGUCUUUGGUCCGGUGCAAGGCAUAUGAAGCGGACCGAUCCGAGCCGAUUAGGGAUUCUACACUGGCCCGAUCUGAGGCGGCGAGGAAAGUGAAGAUCGGAACUUAUUUUGCCACGUGGUGGGCUCUGAAUGUGAUCUUCAAUAUAUACAACAAAAAAGUGUUGAAUGCUUUUCCCUUUCCGUGGUUAACUUCAACUCUUUCACUAGCUGCUGGGUCAUUGAUCAUGCUUGUUUCCUGGGCUCUUAGAAUUGCUGAAACUCCGAAAACUGAUCUUGAGUUUUGGAAGUCCCUUUUUCCUGUUGCUGUUGCACAUACAAUUGGGCAUGUAGCAGCUACUGUGAGUAUGUCGAAGGUAGCUGUUUCAUUUACUCACAUAAUCAAGAGCGGUGAACCGGCUUUCAGUGUUUUGGUCUCGAGAUUUCUCCUGGGGGAGACAUUUCCUCCCGCGGUUUACUUGUCUCUUGUUCCGAUCAUUGGUGGUUGUGGACUUUCUGCUCUUACUGAACUCAAUUUUAACAUGACUGGUUUUAUGGGGGCCAUGAUAUCGAAUUUGGCGUUUGUUUUCCGAAAUAUAUUUUCAAAGAAGGGCAUGAAGGGAAAGUCAGUGAGCGGAAUGAACUACUAUGCCUGCUUAUCGAUGCUUUCCCUCUUGAUUCUGACCCCAUUUGCAAUUGCUGUCGAGGGGCCCCAAAUGUGGGCACUUGGUUUUAAAGAAGCUGUGUCUCAAAUUGGACCCCAGAUCAUUUGGUGGAUGGCAGCCCAGAGUGUGUUCUAUCACCUCUACAAUCAAGUGUCAUAUAUGUCACUAGACGAGAUUUCUCCUUUGACGUUUAGUGUCGGAAAUACCAUGAAACGUAUUUCUGUUAUUGUCUCCUCCAUAAUCAUUUUCCGCACACCUGUUCAACCCAUCAACGCUCUUGGAGCCGCCAUCGCAAUUCUUGGAACUUUCUUGUAUUCACAGGCAAAGCAGUGAAAAAUCGGAAGCUGUAUUUAAUUUGCCGAGUAGCAUUUAGGAGUGGACGGAGCGAACAAGAUUGCUGCUGCACGAAGGUCGUCUUUGAUCCAUGAUCAACCACAAGCAGCGGCUUACUUCAAUGCUGUACGGAUCAAUGUUAGUCUAUUUAGCCAGUUCUAUACCUUGUACUCUGUGGCCUUUAUAUAUUGGUAGUAUCGGUUUUCCUUGAAUAAAAGUGCUCGAGUUAAACAUAAUGAGUAAUGACAUUUUGUUUUCUUGGAAAUUGAUUGCUUGAAUGUGAUAAAUUCUAGAUUUUUUUUCAUAAAAGAAGGUUGAGAUUGUGAUUGUUUGAUUA